AUUUAGCUAACAAGCUAUUGAUAACAGAGGUUGAUUUUUUUGGGUCGCAUUUAGACUUUUACCGCGAUAUUGCAGAGAGCUACAGACAAAUGUUCAUCUUUAUGUCUGGCAUACUGGGUGAGGAUGCUGGUCUUCUUUUUGAACAGAUUGGUAAGGAGCUAAAGGAAACAAAGUGGGACUGGCACUUGUGCUUUGAAGUAUAUGCCACUUUCUUUGUUGAAUGUUUUAAUGAGAGUAGAAAUGAUGAACAAGUGGCAAUAGCUCUUUCCUCCUUUAUUCCAUUUCCACAGACCAUGACCUUUGACUUAUCAGAUGAGGACUUAUCAACAGGCGUUUCCAUUGUUUUAAAAGCCUGUGGGAGUUUUUCACAGUUGCAACUUCCUGUUCAUCUUGCACUAGAGUGUUCUAGGGUGGGUGGUUGUGACCACCUAGAUGAUGACGCACUAGCUGACAUCAUAGCAUCCAACACACAGCUACAAACACUUUCCUUUUCUGGUUGUGUUUUAGAAGAGAUUAGAGCUCUUUUGUGUAAAGCACUCACAGUAGACUCUACUUUACAUUCCUUUACACUUGAGAUAACUGAAUGGAUUUCUUCCUGGGAAGUUGAUGAUAUCAUUGAGAGCUUGGCUGAAAAUAAAACCCUAACAACUGUAACUUUAAAAUUGCCUUAUGAGGUGUUAAAGAGUCGUGUAGCCAUGCUUGGCAAGGGACUAUCUGCCGAAUCGCCACUUACAUCUGUUGUACUCAAGAUUUUUGGUUCAUGGAGGGAAACUGAAGCAGAAGAUUUUAAAAAGAUUUUAUUGAACACAUCACUUACGUCUCUGAGCCUUAUUCUGUUUGGAGACGUGCAAGAUUCAGUAAUAACUUCUGUUAGUGAGGGACUUGUGGCAAAUCCUUCACUGAAGUCUCUUGCACUGACAUUUUAUGGAAAACUUAGCAACACUAGUGUGGCUUUGUUAAAGGAUGGCUUUCUAGGAAACAGGUCUUUGGAAUCUCUGGAAUUAAAAGUGUUUGGUGAGCUUCCUACAAACUGGGCAAAUAUUUCUAGGACUCUNGCCUCCCCACCAAGGGGCCUUCUCAAUAAUAAAUCUCCAGCUGACACCAUUGAUGGCUAA